AUCGUUCUAUAGUGCAAUUAGUACAAUGUAUAUCGUUAUCGAUAAGACUACCAUAAACCAUAAAGUUUAUCUUAAAAAAAUAUUAACUACCUUCAAUCAGCAGAUCAGGUAGUACGAGUACUUUUGUGACUCGUUGUUCUUAGAGACGAGCGAUAACUGUUACACGAUAUUGCCAUGCCUACACAGGGAUUUGUAUUGUUACGACCGUCACGACAACGUAAAUUGUUCUUUGGAGAGUUAAUCGGUCGAUCGUAAUAAAGCUUUGUUCGAAUUACCAAAGUAUUUUGAAAUUAUGGACGUGAAAAAAUUGGACUUAUGUGGAGUAAUAGCGUUCGACGGUUAGUAAUAAAAUUUUAAAUGAUUCAGUCCGAUGUAAAUAAGUGUAUCGAACGAAUUUCUUUCAUGCUCUGACAACUUUGUACAUCGUCCCUCGAUUUAUGCGGUACUUUUUGUACGUGGUCAACGAUUACUCUACUUUUUAUACGCACUUACAGUUUCACGUGACAUCGAUAUGCACGGUCGAUAAAAUAGCUUCUCCUCUGUUGUUUGUAUACAAAUCAUUGUACGUCGAUUACAAAAAUGUAUUACUCCUGUUUGUAGGUAUAAUAAGAAAUGGUUUACGACUGCAUCCAGAUGGGGAACAUCUGGUAUACGCGAUGGGCAACAAUGUUACCAUAAGAAACGUAAAAACCAGCGAACAAACCUUCCUCACUGGUCACAAAAAUCUCGUUUCUGCGUUGAAUAUCUCACCUCGCGGCAAUUUAAUAGCUUCCGGCCAAGUGAGCCAUCAGGGUUUCAAGGCGAUGGUCAUAAUAUGGGAUUACGAGAAGCGCGAGAUGAAAGCUAAUUACGAAGUGCACAAAGCCAGAGUGGAGGAUGUGUGUUUCACAGAGGACGAACAAUAUUUGAUUAGUCUUGGAGGUAGAGACGACGGUUGUAUCCUGGUGUGGGACAUUCGAAACGGAAGUCCACUUUGUGGUACCUUUGCUGGCAAAGAAAGUAGCGGAAACGCGGUGACGAUCGCCCGCACGAACCUUUGUAACGCGAGUUUUGUCACCGCCGGGGAAGAAACGUUCAGGCUUUGGCGCGUCGAUCCAAAAGGUCGAAAACUCUGCGGUGUCGACGUGAAAAUCGGAAAGAUCAGGCGCGCCAUUAAUUGCGCCGUCGUGGAUGAAAAAGAUGAGAACGUCUAUUGCGGAACAACGUCUGGCGAUAUCAUAAAAUCAAGGUUGAACAUGUCAGAAUCGAACGUAGAAUCCAAGUACCCGAUCAUGAUCGGAUGCUACUCUAAGAUAUCGCGUUCGACUAAAACAAAACCAUCCAACGGAGAAUUGUACGCGGGUGGCGUGACGAAUCUGCUAUUCUUACAAAAGCAAGAGAUGAUCGUAGGCACUGGAAACGGAACGGUCGAGUUAAUCGAAAUACCAGAAGAACCAGUGGCACCUGUCGGGAUCAAAACGAAGAAAUUACUAGUCGUCCCGUGUAUAAUAACGCGUCGUAAGGGGAACGUGUGCGGCCCGGUAACGUCGAUGAUCCGCUACAAACAUAAUCUUAUACUAGUGGCGACUGCUUUAUGCGAGAUCUACGAAAUGGAACUGUCGAGUUUUCAUACACGUUUGCUCGUCACUUGCCACACCAGCUCUAUAUACGAUCUCGCGUUUCCACGCGAUCGUUCGGAGAUAUUUGCAACCAGUAGCAAACACGAUAUUCGGGUGUGGAAACUGAUAACGCAAAAGGAGUUGCUUCGAAUCACGGUACCGAACUUCAUUUGCUCCAAUCUGUGUUUCGAUCGCAAUGGCGGCACCAUAAUAUCUGCCUGGAACGAUGGCGCGAUACGGGCAUUCGCUUUGAACGGUGGAAAACUCCUGUUCAUCGUUCAUCGUGCCCACACGAAGUCCGUGUCUGCAAUUGCGAUUACGAACGACGAUUGCAAGCUCGUCAGCGGUGGCUGUGACGGUCAAGUGCGAGUAUGGAAUGCAAAAUCCGAAACGCAACAACUGUUGAAAGUCUUAAAGGAACACAGAGGUCCGAUAACGUCGCUGCACGUUUCACCUGAUGAUAAAAAUGUUAUUAGCUCCAGUACAGACGGUACAUGCAUAGUAUGGGAUGUAAGGUAGAGGAGGAACAUUCGAGAGUCGACCGAAUGGGGGUCACAGACGUAAAGAUUCUUCGUACAAUAAUUUAUACAACUAUAAUCGAUACUACCGUUUUAAGUGGCGAUACUUCUACUUCGUAGAAUAAAUCAUUAUGUCUAUGACUCCAUGACUCCAAGGCGCCGGUGUUCAAGUUUUGACUUGUGGUACAGACCGUAAAAUAGCUUAUUGGGAGACAUUGGAUGGAUCGUUGGUUCGAGAAGUCGAAGGUUCGACGACUGGCACGAUAAACGCUAUAAGCGUCAGUCCUGACGGACGAUAUUUUC